GUGGAGAACAGAUCCAAAAGAAAUAUUCAAAAGAGAAGAAAAAAAAAUUCGGUAGAAGAGAGAGAAUAGAGAGGGAAUCCUUUACCUUUCAUCAUCAUACUGAAACAGCAGUGAUUGUGUUUCAGUUCCAUGUGUGUGCUAUUCAAUAAAGCCACGCCCUUCCCCCCCAUCUCUUCCCGUGACACUCUAACCUCUGUUUUUAUACACACUUCUAAGUUAUGGCAUUACACAGGCUCCUCCUAACUUAGCCUGUAAUUUGAAAGCAAAAGCCCCAGUCCCAUCCAUCAAUCCCUGCCUGAUAACCCAUUAAACAGAUCUAAACCACUAAUUUCUGUGUCUGGUUCUGUUGUAGACGAGGUGUUCGAGAAAAUGCCAAGUACGGAAUCGUUUAUGAGGCAGAUAAGUCGAAGGGGGGAGGGUUCUAGAUCAACUUCGAGAAGGUGGGGUGGGGAGUUUAGGAGAAGCGAAGGUGAAGAGCGUGUCAGUGAGGGGAAUCGUUGGAAUCAGAAGAUGGAGGGCGGUGUUAACAUGUAUGGGAUCGACAACGGUGGGAUGUCAAGAAGGAAGAGGGUGAUGGUGGUGGUGGAUAAUACUUCACAAUCUAACCAUGCAACUAUGUGGGCUCUCACUCAUGUGGCGAACAAGGGCGAUGUUCUCACUCUUCUUCAUGUCAUUACCAACUCAUCUACCGACUCUUCUUCUGCUGCAGAUUCUUCUUCUUCCUCAUCCUCUUUCUGUGCUAACUCUCUUGGUUCUCUCUGCAAGGCUUCUAGACCGGAGGUAGAGGUGGAAGUGCUGGUAAUAGAGGGACCGAAGCUGGCCACAGUGAUAAACCAAGUUAAGAAGCUAGAGGUGUCGGUGCUGGUUGUGGGACAGAGAAAGCCAUCUUUUCUCAGCUGCUUUUGUGGGAGUGGUGGGGCGGGAGAUUUGGUGGAACAGUGCAUAAACAACGUAGAGUGUUUGACCAUUGGAGUUAGAAAGCAGAGCAGAGAUAUGGGUGGGUAUGUAAUCAACACCAGAUGGCAGAAAAAUUUCUGGCUUCUUGCUUAGUGAUUGCUUAAAUUGGAGAGCUUAAGCCUGACCAAUUGGAAGUAAGUUGUAUUGUAAUCUAAUUAGUAUAACCCUUCAGACUACUGCAAUCUGUAAAACCAACUAACAAGCUUGUCAUCGUCCUGUGUUAUUAACCAUAUGAAAUUGCAUCUUUUUAGCCUAA